AUGACGGACGAAAGCCGAGUCAACCCCGAAAGCCGAGCCAACACCCAGAAAGAAAGCUCUAUUCGAAAGGGAAUCGCCGCGACCGACGACGGAACCAACAUGCGUUUUUUCCUUUGCCUGAUAAAACAGGAAUUCCGAGAAUUGGAGGUACCAGAAGAACAGUGGGGACUCCAAUUAAGGAAAUACUUGACGGGUAAGGCAAUGGCACAUUGGGAACUCCUACAACGUUCGGGAACGGAACUCUCAGAUUGGAAACUCGUACGAGAGAGACUGUGUGAGAGGUUCUGCACCUUGUCGCGCGAAAUGAUGCUGGAACAAAUGAGGAACAAUCCAUGGCGGGGAGACUAUAACGAGUACAUCUCUCGAUUUGCUGAAAUAGUAGCUCAAGGAGAGACCCUAGCGGCUGAGGAACUGGUGUUGUGCUUCUCUGCGAACAUACCAGUGGAAAUAGGUGACAGACUGACUCAAGAUGGAAACAAGGACUCCGAAAGCUGGCAAGAGGCUUCCGCAGCUUGA